GCAGCGCGCGCGGUCCUGUAGCCGCACACGUCCGACUGUCGCUCGCCGAGACGCGCGUCGCGAGAGAAUAUCCCAUUCGUGUGCAUCGCCAGCGAGCGCCUUCGGGAAGAGUUACAGGCGCGCGGCGAUGUAAUCACUGCCACCUGAUCGACCAACACAUCGGGACAUCGACGCCGCGUCCAACUCGCGCCAUCCUACAGUGCAGUUUUCGCGGCAUCAUUCACUCACCAACAACUGCUCGUGUUCUUAACUAAUAAAACUAACCUUUAAACUUGCACUUUUGCAAGUACCCGGCGCGAACUGAACCAACCCACACGCACGUAAGGAGACGGAUUUUGGAACUAGUCUCGUACAUUGUACAAAGUGGAAAUUAAUUGUGAACGCUUAAUUAAUUUCAUUAAACCAUCGCUGCAGGAAUUGAAAUUCAAACUGAACUCAGCUCAAAACUGUUACGGUUGAAAUUGCGAUUCUAUUCGAACGUUAAACUCUUAGAACAAUUAAACUAUUUGUGCGUAGAGAAGAUUGACAAACUGUCACCAACGAAGUACGAUGCUGCCGCAUUCGAAGAGCGAUCAUCACAUGCUGGAGCAGCCGAGCUGGUCGAGCCAGUCGGCGAGUCCGUCGCCGCCGCCGCCACUACCACCGCCGGUGGCCGCACGAUGGGCACGCGCCGAGCAACAGAGCGGCGAUAACUGCCCGCACUGUCGAGGUCGUCUUGCGUCGAUUCCCACGCGCACAACCAGUCUAAAUAGCAAUUAUACCGGAUGCAAAGAUAGGGCAGCGACGCCGGUUCUGCGGCCGCCCGACGACGAGGACUCCUUUCCAGUGCUCUGCGACAGGGAGCUGCAUUCGCUGCAUCGGAAUGUGCCGGCGCUGCGGCGCCGCGACGUUGAUACGGCGACCAUAAAACAACAUUACUAUCCCGAAGGCGGUUGGGGAUGGCUGGUUUGUGGAGCGGCGUUCCUUGCGCACUUGCUGACUUCUGGCAUGCAGCUAGCGUUUGGACUGCUCUACUUAUACAUCAUCAAGGACUUGGAGAAGAAGUAUGCGGAAGACAAGGAAUUCUAUACUAUGGCUGCAGCAUGGAUGGGAGCGUUGUGUUUAUGCGUGUCGUUUCUAGCAUCGCCAAUUGUAGUAGCCAUCUGUCGACGAAAGUCAACUCGUUUAACAUCAGUUUUUGGUGGUUUGAUCCUGGCGUUAUCAUGUCUAUUUGCUUCUUUCGCCACUCAAUUUCACCAAGCUGUGCUCAGUUACGGUGUGUUCAUGGGUACCGGCGCAGGGAUUGUGAGAGAAACUUCAGGAAUAAUGUUGGGGCAUUACUUCAAACGACGACGUGAGUUUGUCGAAAUGGUAGCGCAAACUGGCUGUGGAAUUGGUGUGGCGUUAUUCUCCGUUUUAUAUAAGGAAGCUGUCGGCAAAUUAGGAUGGCGUUUAGGUCUUCAAGCUGUCACUGGACUUUUAGUUCUUGCCUUCUUUCUACCUAUUAUCUACCGUUCUGCAAAUCUCUAUCACCCGCAGAGGCGUGCCAUUACUCACUUGAAGAAUCAACGUAAAAAAAUGAAAGAAAAGAAAACACACGUCAAGGACAAAAAACCGCCUAUGUUUGAUUUUUCGCCGCUGAAAAGUCGUGGGCUACGCGUGUUGCUGCUGGCUAGCGGUACCGGUGCCUUAGGCGUGUACGCGCCCAUCUUCUACUUGGCAUUCCAAGGGUUCAAAGAAGGAUUGGAAGAUAGUGCAUUGGUGAUACUGCAAACUUUUUUUGGUUUUGCUUCAGCUCUGGGUUGUGUCGGCUUCGGAAUUCUUAUAAUGCGCCCUACGCGACAAUGCACAAUAUCCAGGCAGUACUUAACUCAGACCGCCAUGCUUGGAACCGGCUUUAGUCUUCUAGCAAUGAGCGCCGUGCAAGGGUAUCAUGGGUACGUGCUCUUUGUAUGGAUGUACGGCGUGUUCCUAGGUGGGUAUACCUACGCGCUGAAAAUGUUCACUCUGGAAAGGAUCAAGGCGCGCCAUUACACCAAAGCUUGGAGCUUUGUGCAGGGCGCCUGUUCACUGCCCGUGCUCAUCGGUAUACCGAUCACUGGUUAUGUGAAUCAGUGCUAUCCAAAGGCUGGCUACUACUAUUGCUUCCUAAUGACGGUGGUGGGCGCAUCGUUGCUGUUCCUAGUGGGCACCAAAAAGGAUCCGACCCAGAACGCGCUCGGCCCCAACCAACACCCGCUCCCGAACAACACAAACAAUUACACGGUAAAUCACAUAAGCGAGUGCAACUGCCACCUGCACACACCCUACACGAACGUCUACAUGCCGUACUAUUACAGGAGUCCGGGGAGGAAUUACGAACCCAUCCACUCUAGUUACAAUGAUUACGAUAGGGGCAGCCUACACCGGCACUCUUUUCGCCAUCGGAGCGUCGAUCGUUUGCCGAAUUACGUGUACUUGCCGAAAAGUAUGAGUUACGCGGCGAAUAUCGAAUGCCCGCUGACCUCCUACGCGAAUUGCCAUCCGCAGGACUACGCGCAUUACUACAACCGCUAUUACCACUCGCAUCCGCACCACCGAACGAGGUACAACUUGCGGCCAAGCAAAAGCGUGCCGGAGGGGCUCGCGCGUAGUGAAUAUUACGGUUCGUAUCGCAGACCCGUUGUGCGAAACGUGCAUCUAAUCGAGCAGAUCACCACCUCGGUGUAAAGGUAACCCGUCACCAGCCCACAACUGAUUCGGGGCGCGAUCGGGCAAUUCAUACUCUCGCAAUAAUUCUAGUCAGUACAUUUGUCGGUGGGAAGGCCUUAAUAGUUCAUUCUCAUUACCCUGCGAUCUAACAACCCUAGGCCGGAGUACACUUUUUGGGGAUCAAAUACUAAACCUUGUCAAUUUUGACUGUAAUCGUAGACGCGCUAGGCGAACGCUGAGGAGGCCGCAAACGAUGGAAUUGUCAACGAAUUAAUUACAAUAUUCACAAACGUAAACAAUGUUUGUCAUAGUUACUUAUGAAUGUAAUUAAGGAGAUGAACACGUUAGAGUUUUUAUUCAAUGUUGAUGAUGAUUAAUAAUAUCUUUGACUUUCUCUCUAUCUCUAUGUGUAAUUCUUGGGACUAAUGAAUAUAUUGCAUUUAGUUACA